AUGGAAGAUUUAGCUCCAAAAAACGCUUGUAGAGGAAUAAAUGGACAGUCCAAAACAGACGAAUCGCCUCCUGCUGCUCACGGUGUUGAGUCAUGCUGCGGAUCCUGCCUGAAAAGCAUCAAGCUCUGGAUACCUGUGCACUACAAGAAUGAAACAGUUCAGUUUUUAAAACUGGCAGGACCUGUGUUCAUUUCACAGCUGAUGAGCUUCCUGAUCGGCUUCGUCAGCAUGGUGUUCUGCGGUCACCUGGGGAAGACGGAGCUGGCAGGGGUGGCGUUGGCGAUAGCGGUAAUAAAUGUCACAGGAAUUUCCAUUGGCUAUGGUUUGUCAUCAGCAUGUGAUACUCUCAUAUCUCAGACUUAUGGGAGUGGUAACCUAAAGUAUGUAGGAGUGAUUCUGCAAAGGGGAGUUCUGAUUCUGCUCUUAGCCUGUUUCCCCUGCUGGGCCAUUCUCAUUAACACUCAACCCAUUCUUCUGGCUGUCAGGCAGAGCCCAGAGGUGGCCAGACUCUCCCAGCUGUAUGUGAAGAUCUUUAUGCCCGCUCUGCCAGCUGCCUUCAUGUACCAGCUGCAGGGGAGAUAUCUUCAGAAUCAGGGCAUCAUGUGGCCUCAGGUGAUAUCUGGAGCCAUGGGGAAUGUUUUAAAUGCAAUAAUCAACUACAUCUUACUCAGCCUUCUGGACCUGGGGGUCGCUGGAUCUGCAGCUGCCAAUGCCAUCUCCCAGUAUUCCUUGGCUGUGUUCUUGUUUAUGUACAUCUGCUACAGGGGACUGCACAAACCUACAUGGGAUGGCUGGUCAGGAGACUGCCUGCAGGAGUGGGGUCCUUUCAUCAAACUGGCCAUACCCAGCAUGCUGAUGCAUUGUCUGGAGUGGUGGCUGUAUGAGAUCGGGGGGUUCCUGGCAGGCAUCAUCAGCGAGGUCGAGCUGGGAGCUAACUCUAUAGUUUACGAACUGGCUGUCAUUGCCUACGUGUUUCCAAUGGGUUUCUCUGUCGCUGCCAGUGUGCGGGUUGGAAAUGCUCUUGGUGCUGGGGACACAGAGCAAGCCAAGCUGUCCAGCAAGGUCUCUCUUGUCUUUGCAGCUGGUUUCUCAUGUGUCAUUGGGGCCUGUCUUGGUGUGACGAAGGAUGUGAUUGGUUACAUUUUCACCACGGAAACUGAAAUUGUUGAAAGGGUGGCUGAUGUCAUGGAGAUGUACAGUUUCAUCCAUAUUGCUGAUGCCUUUGCGGCAGUGACAGCAGGUAUUGUGAGGGGGGCAGGGAAGCAAAUGAUUGGUGCCGUGUGUAACUUGGUGGGUUUCUACUUCAUUGGGUUCCCCAUUGGAUUGUCUUUGAUGUUCCCUGUCAAAAUGGGCAUUUUCGGGCUGUGGUUAGGAUUUUUAAUUUGCAUUACGACACAGUCCAUAUUUUUUUCACUUUUCCUGUACAAACUAAACUGGAGGAAAGCCACUGAAGAGGCGCUGGUGAGAGCAGGAGUCAGCCUCGAUGAAAGGAACAAGAUCCUUGGGAUAGAAAACAAAGCCCCAGACUCCGAUGAGAAACAGGUCCACGUAGAGACCAUUCAAUCCAGCUCUUUGAGUCCAGUGGAGGGUAAGCUUGAAGUGCUCGACGCAGGUCAGCAGGCUUCGGUUGCCAUACCUCUGUCAGUCAAGCAACUGGUGGUGCGACGUGGCCUCACUGUGCUUCUCAUGUUCGUCAUCCUCGCUGCUGGAGUCCUCAUCAAUGAGCUGCUCACCAGACUGCUCAAAUUAGACAAGUGA